CUCAUUUCUAGUCUCAACCAGUGUUGCCAGAUUAGGCGGUUACCCGCCGAAUUGGGCUACUUGGGAUGGCCGUCUGUGGGGGAAAACGGAAAAAAAUGGCCAUUUGGUGAUUUUUUUUUCCUGCAGUUUUGUGCCCAUAGAAAGAAGUGCAAUUUGUUGAAAUUUAGGUGGAAUUUAGCACAUUUUGGCAGUUUUUGAGAACCUUUUGGGCGGGAUUUGAUCUGGCAACACUGGUCUGGACUGGUCUCAUUUCUUGCCCCACUCAUUUCUAACAUUGCCACUGUGAUGGAGCUUUUCAACGUCUCCGACACAACAAGCAACUCUUCUAUGGCUCACCACGUCGGCAGUGGCAUGAUGGCCUUGUGUUUCUGCCUCGGCGUCCCUGGAAACAUAGUGGUCAUGGUCGUGAUACUGCGAAGCUUCAAGGAGGACAACUUCGCCCUUCGCCUGAUGCUCAACCUGGCGCUGUCGGAUGUCUUGUGCCUCAGCACCGUCCCCGUGUGGAUCUACGAGAUCUUGCAUGGAUGGGCGUUUUCCAGGGACUUGUGCAUGGCCGUCAAUUACAUCGUCUUCUCCUGCCUGUUUGCCAGUGUGCUGACCGUCUCUCUGAUGAGCCUCCACAGGUACCUGCUGGUGCUGCACAGGAGACACUGGGAGAGGCUGGGCAGGAGGGGAGAGCGGGCUCUUAUGCUGGGCCUUUGGCUGUACGCUCUUGUCUUGGCCGCUCCAGAUGUGGCCUUGUUUGACAUAGUGAAGUAUAACUCCAGGCAGGUCUGUGUGCAGGUCACUGAGUCUCAUGGUGAGAAGGUGAUUGUGUUGACGUGUGAGACCUUGCUAGGAUUCGCGGUUCCCUUUGGCGUCAUUGUGGUGUCCUAUUACCACCUGCACAACCAGGUCAUCCAGAGCGUCUACUUCAGAAGCCCCAAACUGACGAGGACGGUCACUUUGAUCGUUGUGACGUUCGUCGUGUCGUGGGCACCACUUCAAGUCAUGAACAUUCUGGAGAUCUCAUCUCCCCAGACCUACACUGGUGGCAAACAGAGAUAUGUCUACAUGACACAGAGGGUGGUUGGCAUCAGCCUUGUUUUCCUCAACUCCUGUCUGAACCCAUUCUUGUAUGCCAUGGGGUUCCAAGGCCUGUGUGGAGGACAAUGUAGAAUACAGAGCAAGGAGGGGACCUUGUCGGGUGAGGCUGAUGAUUAA